AUGGUGAUCUUACUGGUUUCGUUGAUUUUUCCUUUGGUAGCUGCCGGACCAGUUGCUAUAGGAGCGCAGUUACCACAAGAGCUGGCUACAAAUUACGCCUACGCUUUGGAUCUCUCGGCGCAGCUCACACUGUCCGGUGCUCAGUGCUUAAACUCCAAUGGGUAUUCGACGGUUUUCAUACGAGCUUACUCACCAUCAGGUAGCGGCACCUUUGACAGCAAUGCCUGUUCGAAUAUCAAUUACGCCCAUACUGCUGGACUCGGCACCGAACUCUAUAUGACUCCCGUACCAAAAUCUACGAAGAACGCCACCCAGCAAGUGGAUGAGUUAUACAACGGUUUGAAGAAUUGCAACAUUGUUGCACGAAGCAUUUGGGUUCAGAUAACGUCCCCAGUCAACUGGAACUCCAAUCCGACAGUAAACGUCAAUUUUAUCAACGGUAUCAACGCCAGGGCAGCCCAACUCGGCGCCAGAGUUGGAUACUAUACGAAUCAGUACGAUUGGAAUCAGAUUACUGGAGGAGCUAGCGGGAUGGCCAAUGGAAUUGGAUUAUGGUACUGGAACGUAAAUGGUGCGGGAACAAGUGGAGAGACCGGUGCCAAUUUCAACGAUUUCGUUCCAUUUGCUUACUGGAGUUCCGCAACUGUGAAACAAUUUGGUCAAAUGGAAAAUGUCUGUGGUUACACAGUGAACAGGGAUGUCUACACGACCUCGGCAUUUAUGGCCGCCGCACCUCGAAAGGAGUCAGGACAGCCUGUUGUUGGAAAUAUUGGGUUCAACUAA